AUGGCAGCGCUCGCGUGCGGUGGAGGAUGCGGGAGCUCGUGCUGGCAGGUGCUCCUGUUCGUCUCCACUGCGCUCGAGAUCCUGGCGGAGAGAGCAGCGCUGAUCUACUGCAUUGCUUUCUACUUGUGGCAGCAACAGCUAUUUUGGGCAGGACUGACUUUUGCCCUGUUGGUUCCGGGUGCGAUUGUGCAGGCGCUGAGCUUCAUGUGGUACAGGGCAGAUGGGGAGCAGCGCACAUGCCACCUGCUUAUCAUUCACACACUCCACCUGGGACUCUUUAAAAGGUUAUGGGACUGCAGUGUGAGUGUAUGGCGUGCUCAGUCUCAGGCUCAGCGGGUGAUGCAGCAGGUGGACGUGGCUGCGUUGCGUCUUUUGGACGCUUUACUACUCGCACUUCCUCAGGCUCUCACACAAACUUACGUACUAACAGGAGUGAAUUUCAGCCUUGUAUCACCAGUUGCCAUGGGUAGUGCUGUGUGUUUGCUCUCUCUAUCCUGGGCGUUGGUACUGUACAGUCGAGCGUGCUGCCUGGCACGACCUGGGCAUCUGCUAAUGCCCCCUGCUGCCCUGCUGUGCCAGCUGCUGUGGAGGGUGGGAAUGCUGAGUGCCCGCUUUGCCACUCUUGCCCUUUUUGCCCGUUCCUUUGGGUACUGGGUCAUUGGUGUUGCGGGUUGCCACUGGCUUAUUGCUACACUCUGGUUGGUGUCCCAGCAGGCGGACAUCUUCGUGGGUCAAUGGUCAGGGCGCACGUUUACCCUGGUGCUGGGUGGCGUGCAUGUCUUCCUGUUCCUUAAUGUAAAGGAUGGCCCUUCACGGUACCGCAUGGCCGGCUUUUACACGGUAAUGCUGUUGGAGAAUGUCACUCUUGUACUGGCUGCCUCUGACAUUCUCAGUGAGGCAUCCUGGGAAAGUCUGACUGUCCCCACAGCAGUACUGUGUAGUUUUCUGAUGGGUCUGAUGUCUCUUCUUCUAUACUACCGUUUCCUUCACCCAAAGUCUACUGAAAUCUCUCACACCCUUUAUCAUGGAGCCCAGGCGGGUAGCGCUUGUCUCGAGCAGGCCGAGUUGUCCUUGUCACUAGGUGACAAGACUCUUGCUCUUCCUUCACUUGCUGCACCUUUGUCCUCCUCUCAUCCUUGCUUCCCUCUGCUGGAGCAUCCUGGAAGCUGCGGGGCAAAGGCGGGUGCAGAGUGCCGGCACCACCACUGGCUUCUUGUUCGGCUGGCCCUGAAAACAGGAGAUCCAGGGAAAAUCGAGCGAGCAUUUGGGGCCGGGGUAACGGCGGGUAUUAUGACAGAUGAACAGGAAGAGGAUACAAGAAAAGGACUGGACGGAGAUGGAGGGGAGACAGGGAUCGUGGCCGGAUUGGACAGCAAGGAUGAGGACGACACGCUGGCUCCACUGUCUGACUGCAAGGACGAGUUUGAGAGUGUCAGCGAGGCGAGGGCAGAUGAAAUGGAGGAGGAAAUGGACAGUGUAGAUUCUGAGUGGAAGCGCAGCUCUCCUGAAGGAAAGUCUGUGGUAGGAGACAGUCCCGAACAUGAUUACUGCCCCACUGAAUCUAGCUCCACGCUCUACUUUAGUGCCGACCCACAAUCCCCCAGUAGUGCCAGCGACUCACGUCUGGAAAGAAUCGGCUUAGGGCUUCCAGAAAUUUCUGGGCCCCAUCCCACGGUGCCGCGCAGGCAGCUUGUAUUUUCACCACGAGGACUUGAGGAUGAUACAGGUUUCUGAAGAGAUUUUUUAAUGGGAUUAAAAUUAUACAUUAUCUUUAAAGAAAUAAUUGCUCAAAAAAUAAAAUGUUUGUGAUUUUCCACUAUCUGGUCAGCCAGAACACACAGAGUCCAAAUUUGUCCUCCUAAAUCUAGUCUAAAUCAUCACACAAUUACCUCAGUAGACAUCAUUGGCCCUUCAAUUUGUAUAUAAAAAGUACAUUUAAAAGUGCAGAUCUAGCUUCUGUUAAUGGACCAAAUACUGCUGAUCACUGAAACAUCGUACUGCAGAUAAUGUAAUAAAAAUUUGCUGGGUCAAAAAUAUACAUACAGCCCUCGCUUAAUCGGCUGUUUCAUUUAAUAUCCAAAAUCAAGCUCCUGGCACAACACUGGGUGGACCAUGGUCCACUUUACUUGGCAAAAAAUGGCAAGGUUCAGCCAAACCGAAGUAGAAACUUGAUUUUUAAUUUCAG